GCGGCUUCAACUGCGGCAGCUACGGCUAGGGCGACGAAAGAAUCCCCAUCAGCCGGCGGUCGAGUUAGGCCUAAACAGCGCCUGGAGCUGAUCGCGCUGUCCUCUGCGGGGGAUCUCCAUAGAGACCGUGACAUACACAGAGGCGGGGGUCCGCAGGAGGCUGCCGGACCGGAGCCAGCUCCUCGGCCUCAGUCGCCGCCACCGCCUUCCCUGCUGCCAGCGCGCAUUUUCUCUCCGCUCCUGCUCGAAACCUCGCGGCUCCUGGUGUGCCUGUGCCCUACUGUGUGGGCAGCGAAGGCGGACUUUUGGGCUGGGGCCGGGCGGGGGGGGGCUCUAAGGCCUCCACCUCUGCCUCUCCCGCCCCCUUACCCGCCCCGACGCGGGAAGCGGCGGAGGCUCCGCCAUGGCCUCGGGAGCCGGAGGAAUAGGAGGGGGCGGUGGCGGCAAGAUCCGGACGCGGCGUUGCCACCAGGGGCCAAUUAAGCCUUACCAGCAGGGGCGACAACAGCACCAGGGCAUUCUUAGCAGGGUUACAGAAUCUGUUAAGAAUAUUGUGCCAGGAUGGCUACAAAGAUACUUCAACAAGAAUGAAGAUGUGUGCAGCUGCUCAACAGACACAAGAGAGGUACCACAGUGGCCGGAAAAUAGAGAAGAUGAUCAUCUGAUAUAUGCCGAUGAGGAGAGCUCUAAUAUUCAUGAUGGGAGAAUCACUCCCGAGCCCACAGUCAGUAAUACAGAAGAACCCUCAACAACUAGUACUUCUUCAAAUUACCCAGAUGUAUUAACAAGGCCUUCUCUUCAUCGGAGCCAUAUGAAUUUCUCCGUGUUGGAAUCUCCUGCACUACACUGUCAGCCCUCCACAUCCUCGGCAUUCCCAAUUGGCAGUUCUGGAUUUUCCCUUGUAAAGGAAAUUAAAGAUUCUACCUCUCAACAUGAUGAUGAUAACAUCUCAACUACCAGUGGUUUUUCUUCAAGAGCUUCUGAUAAAGAUAUAGCUGUUACAAAGAACACUUCAGUGCCACCUCUGUGGUCCCCAGAGGCUGAACGUACUCAUUCACUCUCACAGCACACUGCCACCAGCUCAAAAAAACCAGCAUUCAACUUGUCUGCCUUUGGAACACUUUCCCCUUCACUUGGGAAUUCUUCAAUCCUUAAAACAAGUCAGCUUGGAGAUUCUCCUUUUUAUCCUGGAAAAACAAUGUACGGAGGGGCAGCAGCCGCUGCAAGACAACUGAAACUCCGAAACACACCGUAUCAGGCACCAGUCAGAAGGCAGAUGAAAGCUAAGCAGCUGAGUGCACAGUCCUAUGGUGUGACCAGUUCCACAGCUCGGCGGAUAUUGCAAACUUUAGAGAAGAUGUCAAGCCCUCUCGCGGAUGCAAAAAGAAUCCCGUCUGUUGUUUCUUCUCCCCUGAAUUCUCCUCUUGAUAGGAGUGGAAUAGAUACGACCUCAGACUUUCAGGCCAAAAGGGAAAGGGUGGAUUCUCAGUAUCCCCCCGUUCAGAGACUCAUGACCCCGAAGCCGGUUUCCAUAGCAACAAAUAGAACUGUUUAUUUUAAACCGUCUCUGACCCCAUCUGGUGAAUUAAGGAAGACUACUCAAAGAAUAGAUAAAAAGCACAAUACUGGAUAUGAGAACCCUGUGACACCAGGACAAAACAGAGAACAACGAGAAAGUGGCUUUUCUUACCCAAAUUUCAGUAUGUCUGCAGCCAAUGGUUUAUCUUCUGGAGUAGGUAGUGGAGGCGGCAAGAUGAGACGAGAGAGAACACGCUUUGUUGCAUCUAAACCUCCAGAGGAAGAGGAAAUGGAAGUGCCAGUAUUGCCGAAAAUCUCUCUACCCAUCACCAGUUCUUCACUGCCUACCUUCAAUUUUAGUUCCUCUGUGAUCACAACUUCCUCUCCAUCACCCGUUAGUCCUUCACAAUCACUGACAAACAAGGUACAAAUGGCCUCUCCAAACAGUCCUGGCAGUCCCAUGUUUCGAUUUUCAUCUCCAAUUGUAAAAUCUACUGAGGCAGAUGUUCUACCUCCGUCAUCUAUUGGAUUUACGUUUAGCGUGCCUGUUGCGAAAACAACAGAACUUUCUGGCUCUAGUAGUAUUUCAGAACCAAUUACAAGUAGUAGUUUAGCUCAAGAUACCAAUGCAGUGAAUAGUACAAGCUGUAAGAAGCAGCCAGAUGAAGAUUGUGAGGGUCCUUUUAGACCUGCAAAAACCCUGAAAGAAGGAAGUGUCCUAGAUGUUCUCAAAAGCCCUGGUUUCACAUCACCAAAGGCAGAUUCUCUUGCUGCUCAGCCUACUACCACAAGCCCAGUAGUUUAUACAAGACCAGCAAUAAGUAGUUUUUCUUCUGGGGGAGUUGGGUUUGGAGAAAGUGUAAAAUCUGGGUCAUCUGGAUCGUCGUCGUGGCAGUGUGAUACUUGUCUGCUCCAGAACAAAGCUACAGACGGCAAGUGCAUAGCCUGUCAGGCAACAAAAUUGCCAGCAAAAGAUACUGCGAAACAAACUGGAAUUGGAGCACCAAGCAAAAGUGACAAGUCAACUCUCUCUACAUCAGGGACGGGUUUUGGAGACAGAUUUAAACCAGCAGUCGGGACCUGGGAUUGUGACACCUGCUUAGUGCAAAACAAACCCGAAGCGAUGAAAUGCGUAGCUUGUGAGACACCGAAACCCGGAACUGGUGUGAAGCGAGUCCUUACGCUGCCAGUGGCUGUGGCGAGCGCUGUGCCCGUGGCCGCCGCACCUCCCACCUGCACUGUGACCACGGGCGCCGUAGGAUUCGCAGAUAAAUUUAAAAGGCCCCUGGGAUCUUGGGAGUGUCCAGUAUGCUGUGUUUCUAAUAAUGGAGAAGACAGUAAAUGUGUGUCCUGUGUGUCUGAGAAGCCAGGAAGUUCAGUACCUGCUUCAAGUAGCAGCACCGUCGCUGCCUCUCUGUCUUCUGGAAGCUGCCUUGGGUUAGACAAGUUCAAGAAACCAGAGGGAAGCUGGGACUGUGAAGUGUGCCUAGUGCAAAAUAAAGCCGACUCUACCAAAUGCAUAGCAUGCGAAAGUGCAAAGCCAGGCACAAAGUCUGAGUUCAAAGACCCCUUGCCAUUACUGUCUUACCAAAUUUAUGUGAGCUCUGCCAGUGUCCCAGGCUUUGGCACGUCUUCCCCGUCUCCGAACCCAGCUGCCUCAUCCUUCAAAUUUGGUCUCCCGUCGUCGUCUUCUGGGCCUUCUCAGACUUUAACAAGCACUGGAGAUUUUAAAUUUGGAGAGCAGGGAGGCUUCAAGAUAGGUGUGUCUUCAGAUUCUGAGUCUCCAAACUCCAUGAGUGAAGGCUUUAAAUUUUCAAAACCAAUAGGAGAUUUUAAGUUUGGAGUUUCGUCCGAGUCCAAGCCUGAAGAAGCUAAAAAGGACAACAAGAACGAUAAUGGUUUUAAGUUCGGACUCUCUUCGGGUUUAAGCAAUACGGCAUCGUUAGCUCCGUUUCAGUUUGGGGUGUCUAAUCUUGGGCAGCAAGAGAAGAAAGAGGAGCUCCCUAAAUCUUCAUCUACAGGCUUUAGCUUUGGUACAGGUGUCAUUAACUCGGCACCUGCUGCUGCCGUCACCGGGGUGACCGCUGAGAACAAGAGCAGCUUCAGCUUUGGAGCCAUAGGAGCCAAGAGCGUUUCGGUGGCUCCGUUCACAGGGAAGACGUCAGAAGCAAACAAAGAAGACACGCCCGCCACCAAGGGAGGGUUCACUUUUGGUGGCACGGAGCCUGCCCCCGUGCCAUCUGCCUCUUUGUUCGUUUUGGGAAGGACAGAAGAGAAACAGCAAGAGCCGGUCACUUCUACUUCUCUGGUGUUUGGGAAGAAAGCGGACAAUGAGGAGCCGAAGUGUCAACCAGUGUUUUCCUUUGGGAAUUCAGAGCAAACCAAAGAUGAGAGUUCUGCAAAGGCCACCUUUAGUUUCAGUGUGGCAAAACCAUCUGAGAAGGAAUCGGAACAGCCUACGAAGGCCGCGUUUGCAUUUGGGUCUCAAACCAAUACCACGACUGAUCCAGGUGCAGCAAAACCAGUGUUCAGUUUCUUGAACAACAGUUCUUCUAAUUCAAGUGCACCGGCCACUUCGGCAGCCGGGGGCAUAUUCGGUAGCUGCACCGCGUCCUCCAGUGCGCCGGUGGCUGCCUUCGUGUUUGGACAGGCCAGCAACCCUGUGAGCAGCUCCGCCUUCGGGAGCUCCGCGGAGGCCAGUACUUCUCAGUCUCUGCUGUUUUCUCAGGAGAGCAAACCUGCAGCCACGUCCAGCGCGGGCUCAGCGGUCACCCCGUUCGUCUUCGGUCCAGGGGCCGGCGGGAGUAAUCCCGUAACCUCCGGUUUCACUUUUGGAGCUACCACCACAUGCAGCUCUGCAGGAUCCUCCUUCGUGUUUGGCACUGGACCUUCAGCACCGUCUGCCAGUCCAGCGUUUGGUGUUAACCAAACCCCGACGUUUGGACAGAGUCAAGGUGCCAGCCAGCCGAAUCCCUCAGGCUUCGGAGCCCUGUCAUCUUCCACAGCGUUGUUUUCUGCCGCUUCUCAGCCCACGCCACCCACUUUUGGGACAGUGUCAAGCAGCAGCCAGCCUCCUGUGUUUGGACAACAGCCUAGUCAGUCUGCAUUUGGCUCUGCAGCAGCUCCUAGUUCUACUUCAGUUUUCCAGUUUGGCAGCAGCACCACGAACUUCAACUUCACGAACAACAACCCGUCGGGAGUGUUCACGUUCGGUGCGAACCCCAGCGCUCCUGCGGCCGCGGCCCAGCCCUCGGGCUCGGGGGGCUUUCCGUUCAGCCAUCCCGCGGCGGCCUUCACCGUGGGGUCAAACGGGAAAAAUAUGUUCUCGUCUUCUGGAACUUCAGUCUCUGGGCGUAAGAUAAAGACUGCCGUCAGGCGCAAGAAAUAAAGGUCACUUUGGUGUUGUGCGCAACACUUCCACAGCAGCCGGUGCCCUGCUUUCCAGAUACUGGAUCGUCCCAUGUGCUGGGUUAUCUGACGUCAGAUCCGCCUCAAGACUUCUUUAACGUGGGGGUUUUCCUCCUUGUUUUUUCUUUACAGAAGCCCUGCCCUCACCUCUCCCACUCCCAUUUUAAAACAAAUCACAGCUAGAUCGGUGACUGAUUCUUCAGCGAAACUCUGACCCGGCACAUUGGUCCCUGGCCCGGUGCAGGCUGGCCGGGCCCAGGGAGGGAGCCCCCUCCGCGAAUGGCUUUGUAAAGAACCCCUGUGUCUGCACCACCGCGUGCGUUGACACGCGUUUGUGGAACGCACUGACGUUGUAAUUAUAUCGGAGGACCCCCGUGUAGAUUAGAGAGUGUUGAAGUGAGUGAUUUCUCUGCCGAGUUUGUGCUGGUGUAUGUGUGGAGUGAGUCGGGUGUCUCGUGCACUAAGAUUUUCCGAUAGAGGAAGCCUGAUGAAAGGAUGGUCCGUGCUAAGGACUUACUAGAUCUAGUUCAUUCUCCAUUUAAUAAUUCUCUGCUAUUUCUAUAUUUUCAUUCUCCUGACUCUCACCUGUCUUGCCUUUUUCAUUAUUUUAUUAUGAAACUUGUGUAAAUACGAUUUUGUUUCUGUACUUUUUUGGCAUAACAUAAAUCUGUGAACUUGAAAUUUUAAUUUUGUGUUAGAAAAUUCGUUCUUUGUUUAGUCUCGUCUCAGAUUUUAUUAUGUAAAUCCCAUUAUUCAAAGUUGCCUAAAUCCAUUUGGAAAUCUUUAAAAAAAAAUUGGGGAUUCUUAAAGUGAAUUUAUUGGCUUUUCUGAUCCAGUUUUGUUUGGACCAAAAACCAGUAUUGUACAAAGUAUUAAGCAUAUAUUUUUAUAUUUACUGAAAUGGACUGUGGUGACUUUGGAUAAUAAGGAAAAGUUUAAUAUUAAAGCCAUGUUUAUUACAGUAUAAUUAAUAUGUUAAACCAUGGGAUAAAUGCCAUCAAUAAAAAAUUAUGAAAUAUUUUUCGUUCUAGUGUUAACUUAUAAUGAAGGUACCGGUGUUAACGGAAGGGAACCUUUGUAUAAAGGUUCGCCACGGUCAGAGAAAUUCCAAAGAAUCCAUUUAAGUGACUUGGACAUCUCCUAAGUGAAGCGGGGAAGUGUCCGAACGUAAAACAUGUAGAAGGUACCCUGCUUUUUGUCUGGUGCUAGGAAUCACGCCUACUUUGCAUAUAAAUUGACAUACCUUUUUAAAAGUUGAAAAUAAACACACGUGACCAUU